UUCGCGGCUCCUGGUCUAAUUGAGCGGGGGAAGAUGGCGUCGGAAGUUCCAAGAAUGGAGCAGGAUGUCGAAGACGGAGAGAUUUCGGGCUCGGACUGCGAAAUGCCGGUCUCGGCUCCUUCCAGGAGUCCCCAACAGAACGAUAACGGUAAUCCAGCAAUAUCUUUUCCAAGCAGCAGUUCACAAUCAGCAACAAGUGUUCCUUAUCGGACAGUGAAAAGUAUGGAUUCAACUGAUGAAAGUUUUUCAGAUUCUGAUGAAGAGAGUGGUCUAUGGAAGCGAAAGCGACAAAAAUGUUCAAACCUUCCUCCCCCCAAACCAGAGCUUUUCCAAUUUCCUCCAAACUCUCACAAACAGAUCCCUAAAAAAGUCAACAAUAUAUGGGGUGAAGUUUUGCAAAGACAGAAUCAAGAUGAUAUGGCAAAAAACCUUGGGAUUCUAUGGAUGGAUGGCAACCUGGACAAAAGUCGAGGAUCAGAGGCCUACAACUACAUGUUAGCAAAACAGUUGGUGAAAGAAUCUGAAUCAGAAGUAGAGAAGACAUUAGACAAAGAGUUGGAUGAAUAUAUGCAAGAUGAUAAAAAGAUUGUAUCAAAAGAGGAGGAGUGGGAGGUGAAUAGACAAAGUCUCUGGAAACGGAAAAGGCCCAUAAAAGAGAGAGUGGGUCAAAGACAAGAAAUGAAUUUUAAAGGGAGGUAUGAAAUUACAGAAGAUGAUCCUGAAGAAAAAGUGGCAGAUGAAAUUGCCUAUCGACUUCAUGAACCAAAGAAAGAUCUAAUUGUACGGGUAGUGAAAAUCAUUGGGAAAAAGAAAUCUAUUGAACUACUGAUGGAAACAGCUGAGGUGGAGCAAAAUGGAGGUCUUUUAAUCAUGGAUGGUUCUAGAAGAAGAACUCCAGGUGGAGUUUAUAUAAAUUUGCUGAAAAACACACCUUGCAUAACCAGUGAACAAAUUAAG